AUGGCACUAUCUUUAAUAGCAAAAAAUAUCGAUCAGAACAAUACUUGGAAAGCUAUUAACAAUGCUCUUCAAGGACCUCAGGCCAUUUGGCUUAUAGGAGUAGGGGAUAGAAACCAAACAAUAUUGCAAUUUGUUUUAGAAGAUGAUGCAGUAGACUGGCAAUUUCGGAAAGAAAUAAUUAGUGAAGAAAGAAAGCAGGAGUCUCUAGAAUCACUUAAAGUAGUUGACUUAGCAGAACAGACUUCAAUGUUAGCAUAUGCACAUAUUAAUUUGUUAGAGAUGCUUCAGAGAUUUAAUCCUAAUAAAGUAAUUGAAAAUAUAUCAGCAUUCUUCAAACAAGUUGAAGUAAAGUCAGAUCCAAAUUUAUGUUCAUAUUAUCUUUCUUGUACAAUGUGUAGUGAUUUAGUAAAAUUCUUUAUUUCAAAAUUAGAAUAUGCAAAAUGGAUUAAAAAUGGAGCUAGUGCCAAGACACAUAGAUCAGACUCAUAUGCUCUUUUACAUCAACCAGAAGAACAAAAAAUUCGAGAAAUUCAACCUGGUCAAUGGUGUGAUAAGGGCAAAAAAAUAUAUGGUCCAAAUUUAAAUAUUAUAUACUGGCCAAUAGGGAUGUUAAUGGAGGCUUCAGGGUGA